CCGCUUGUUUUCCCGGAAGCGGAAGUCUUGUUUCGGGGUAGAUCUGCAGCAGCAGCGCCUCCGGUCGCUCCGGUGACACUUGUCGUUGCGUCGGAUCAACCGUCAGCUUCUCGUCGGCUCGGGCCCGAGUGUGUUGGGUCAGGUCGGUGCUUUACCUUCCGUGGUUUGCUUGCACUCGCAGCAUUAUGGCGGCCGCGGAUCCCCGGUCCUCGAGUGACGGCGGGCCGGCCAGCAGAGGAGGAUUCCCGGGCGGGGAGAGCCGCGACGGCGACGGCGGCGGUGGAGGUGGAGGAGGUGGUAGCAGCAGCGGCGGCGGCGGCGGCAGCGGGGAGGGAGAACGGGACCGGGCCACCUUCGAGUGCAACAUAUGCUUGGACGCUGCCCGGGACGCGGUCAUCAGUAUGUGCGGCCACUUGUUCUGCUGGCCCUGUCUUCAUCAAUGGUUGGAGACGAGGCCCAACAGGCAGCAGUGUCCUGUAUGUAAAGCUGGUAUCAGCAGAGAGAAAGUAAUCCCACUGUACGGCAGAGGGAGCUCCAGCCAGGAGGACCCCAGGUUGAAAACUCCACCUCGGCCUCAGGGACAGAGAACAGAGCCAGAGAGCAGAGGCGGGAUGUUCCAGGGGUUCGGGGACACUGGCUUUCACAUGUCUUUUGGCAUUGGUGCUUUCCCCUUUGGCUUCUUCACCACAGUCUUCAACACCAACGACCCCUUUCACAGAGCAGAUCAGUACACAGGUGAUCACCAAGGCAACGGUAACCUCAACAACGGCAAUAACAACUGGCAAGACUCCCUUUUUCUGUUCGUGGCCAUCUUCUUCUUCUUCUGGCUGCUGAGCGUGUGAUGGAGGGCAGGAUGGAUGGAAGGAUGGAUAGACAGAAGAGUGGAUCAACGGGAGGGAGGAGUGCAAGGAAUACAAACACACACUUAGCUUGAACCACAGACAGACACAUACACACACACACACACACACACACGUGUUACAUUUUCUAGCAGGUGUUGAACUUGUGUUUGAUCCCCAAAUGAGAUGACAACUACAGGAAAUUUGGUUUUCUCCUCCACCUGGAAAAGGUGAAUUUGUUUAAGGAACCUCGGCCCCGACCACCUGCUUCUUAUAUCGUUUAUGCAAGAAACACUCGAUGAGUUCGUGUUGCACGAAACCCAAAAUCAGUCAUGUUAGCCCUCUCUCUCUCUCCACACACACCCGUAGAUAUAUGCACACAGAACAGUACAGUUGGACACUAAGGGACAGUAUUAUGUGACCAGAGUGAGUUACAGAAACCUUUUCUUUGUGUGUGUGUUAAACUCACACGGGGGGGGGGGAAGUCCAGUCAGUGAUUCAUAGUUUUUUUGCUUCCCUCCCUAAAGAGUCAGUUUGUUCCUUUAACACGGAGAGGGAGGCAUGUUUUGGAAAGUUUCAGUCAAAACGGGAACACGGGGGAGGGGUAUGAGAUUGCAUCGUAGUUGCCAUAGCAACUGUUUCUCACUCCGUAAAAGGCCAAAGAGUCACGCAUCAGUCACACACACGAUGUCAGAGGGUGAAAAAUAUAAUUGGAUCAUUACGUGAACAAGUUGUAGCAUUUGCGACUUGCUCUUUAACACACUGACAUGAAAUAGCACAGAUGGAUGGAUGCAUUUUUAUAUACUUAUGUCUUAACAAAAAAAAAAAACUGCCAUUGCACUGUGAAGUCAUUCGUAGGUAGAGCCGUCUCAAAGGUUGGAGGAAAAAGUCGGCACACAGCUGACGAGCAACAGUUCCGUUAACUGAGCCCCAGUGUGAUUCUAAAAUGUAAAACACUUCUGUCACACUUCUUUUUUCUGGCUGUAUGUGUCCGAGUGAGCGUGUGUACAUUAUAUAUUUGUAUAUAUGAAUAUUGUAAAUGCUGUUUUUACGUGUUUGACUGGACGACCAGCCAUGGAGGGCGACGAGAUGUGCGAGUAGGUCUCAACAUGCUUUUGUAAAGCGAGAAAUCAUCCGGAUCCUGGUUUCCAUAACUCCUGUGUUUUAUUGGAAAAUAAAAUAAAAAGUUAAAAACC